CCGUCCGUAAAUAAACAGUGAAGUAAACGGAACUUGCUGCAAAAGAAAAGAAGCAGAUAUGUCGGGCAUGGAGAGGUUGCAGCGAAUGUUCGCCGGUGCCAGUGGCGCUUUGGGUCACCCCCCGCCGGAUUCUCCUACCCUCGAUUCGUCUGAGCAGGUCUAUAUUUCUUCCCUCGCCCUCCUCAAAAUGCUCAAGCACGGAAGAGCUGGGGUUCCCAUGGAGGUCAUGGGCUUGAUGCUGGGGGAGUUUGUGGACGAGUAUACUGUUCGUGUUGUGGAUGUCUUCGCAAUGCCACAAAGCGGUACUGGGGUUAGUGUCGAGGCCGUGGAUCAUGUCUUCCAGACUAACAUGCUUGAUAUGCUUAAACAGACUGGACGACCAGAGAUGGUUGUUGGGUGGUACCAUUCACAUCCUGGAUUUGGAUGUUGGCUCUCAGGAGUGGACAUAAACACACAGCAGAGUUUUGAAGCUUUAAAUCAACGUGCUGUGGCUGUGGUUGUGGACCCAAUUCAGAGUGUAAAAGGGAAAGUGGUGAUUGAUGCAUUUCGUUUGAUUAACCCACAAACCAUGAUGCUUGGCCAGGAACCGCGGCAGACAACAUCUAACCUUGGGCAUCUUAAUAAACCAUCCAUUCAAGCAUUGAUCCACGGGUUAAAUCGGCAUUAUUACUCUAUAGCAAUUAAUUACAGGAAAAAUGAACUUGAGGAGAAGAUGUUGCUUAACCUUCAUAAGAAGAAAUGGACUGAUGGCUUGACACUUAAGCGAUUUGAUACUCAUUCUAAAACUAAUGAGCAGACUGUUCAGGAGAUGCUGAACUUAGCUAUUAAAUACAACAAGGCAGUGCAGGAGGAAGAUGAGUUGCCACCAGAAAAGCUUGCAAUAGCAAACGUGGGCAGACAGGAUGCAAAGAAGCACCUUGAAGAGCAUGUCUCCAACUUGAUGUCGUCAAAUAUAAUCCAAACCCUGGGAACCAUGCUUGAUACAGUUGUGUUCUAGAUCAGUAUUUCGAAUGGGUUUGUUUUUCCUCGAACUUUUUGUCAAUCAAUUCUAUCAUUCCUUGAAAAUUCAGCACCGUAGUGGAUAUGAACGGUCAAGAACAUGAUUUGAUCAAGUUUUAGUGGUGAUUUUCUUUCAUAUCUGUAUUAGUUUAUUGUUAUCAUAACUUAUAAGAUUUCCUUAUUUAAUGCUUUUGUGAGUGUGAGAAUUGUUGGGCAUUUGUGCCAAAAUUUAGUGCAAGAAGCAAAAUGCUAUAUAUGCUA